CCAUGGACGAGGCCGUGGGCGACCUGAAGCAGGCGCUGCCCUGCGUGGCCGAGACGCCCGCCGUGCACGUGGAGGUCCACCAGCGCGCGGGCAGCACCGCCAGGAAAGACGACAUCCGACAGAGUGUCAAGAAGCUGCUCAACCGUCACAACAUUGCGUUCGGGGACUAUACCUGGACUGAGUUCGACGACCCUUUCCUGACUAGGAACGUGCAGUCUGUGGCCAUCGUGGACACGGAGCUGAAAGCAAAAGACCCACAGCCCAUUGACCUGAGAGCCUGCACUGUGGCACUGCACAUCUUCCAGUUGAACGAGGACAGCCCAACCUGUGAGAACCUGGAGGAGGAGACCGAGAGCAUCGUGGCCGCCAACCACUGGGUCCUGCCAGCAGCUGAGUUCCAUGGGCUCUGGGACAGCCUUGUGUAUGACGCAGAGGUCAAGUCAAAUCUCCUGGACUAUAUGCUGACCACACUGCUGUUCUCAGACAAGAAGGUGGACAGCAACCUCGUGGCCUGGAACCGGGUGGUGCUGUUGCAUGGGCCACCAGGGACCGGAAAGACCUCACUAUGCAAAGCUCUGGCCCAGAAGCUGAGCAUUCGGCUGUCCAACAGGUUCCGUUAUGGGCAGCUGAUCGAGAUCAACAGCCACAGCCUCUUCUCCAAGUGGUUCUCAGAGAGCGGCAAGCUGGUGACCAAGAUGUUCCAGAAGAUUCAGGACAUAAUCGACGAUAAGGAUGGGCUGGUGUUUGUGCUCAUCGAUGAGGUGGAGAGCCUCACAGCUGCCCGCAGUGCCAGCAGGGCAAGCGCAGAGCCCUCCGAUGCCAUCCGAGUGGUUAAUGCCGUCCUGACCCAGAUUGACCAGAUCAAGCGACACUCCAACGUGAUCAUCCUGACCACGUCCAACAUCACUGAGAAAAUCGACGUGGCCUUCGUGGAUCGCGCGGACAUCAGACAGUACAUUGGGCCGCCCUCGGCCGCUGCCAUCUUCAAGAUCUACCUGUCAUGUUUGGAGGAGCUGAUGAAGUGCCAGAUCAUCUACCCACGGCAGCAGCUGCUGACACUUCGUGAGCUGGAGAUGAUUGGCUUUAUCGAGAACAAUGUGUCGCGCCUCAGCCUGCUGCUCAGUGACAUCUCCAGGAAGAGCGAGGGCCUCAGUGGCCGUGUCCUGCGCAAGCUGCCUUUCCUGGCCCAUGCCUUGUACAUCCAGGCACCCACAGUCACCAUCGAGGGCUUCCUCCAGGCCCUCUCGCUGGCCGUGGACAAGCAGUUUGAGGAGAAGCGGCAGCUGUCAUCCUGUGUGUGACGUGGGCAUUCCUUGGUGUGCGUCUGUCUCGGGAAUGGACGUGGGGUUCUCGGCUGCCUCUGCUCCGCUGACUGCAGGGGGUCGGGGAGGAGAGUCGUGGCUUCCAGGGUCUCGGGGAUCUUGGCUGUAGCCACUGCUGACAGAACAUCUGGGAGCUGAUUGGGAUAGGCAUCACGCCGGGUCUGUGUGCAGGCACAUAGGCGUGUCAGUGGCUCCUUGAGGAUCCCGUCUGGUGGUAGGGUGCCCUGAGCUCAGCUUCCUCCCUCUCAGUGUUUGUUGAGUGUGUGGUCUCGUCACAGUUUGAGUAUUAAAAAACUUUUUCAGUUUCUUUUUCA